GCGGUUCUCGCCACGGCAAACAUGGCGGGCCCACUGUGGCGGCAAUGCCAGAGGUGGACCGUCGGUCGCGCCGCUGCGACUGUCCGAGAAGCUCAGUGGCACUUCUCCAGUUUCGAGCCCGCGUCCGCUGGGCGGACGCCCUCGAACUCGUGGCGGGGUGACGAGGUGCCACCAUCGUUUCAAUUAAACCAGAAUUUCCUUCAGAGGUCCACAACGUUAUCUCUCGCCAGACACAAGUAUCCAGCGUGUUCCUGUAGGAAGAUUCACAGCGAUGCCAAACCCAAAGACCCCUUCACCCUUGCUCAGAAAGACUUGAUGAGCUUAUACGAUGACAUCAAAAAGGAGCUGUUUGUGUCUAAAGAAGAGCUCAAGUCUUUAUGUGAUUACUACUUUGACGGGAAGGGCAAAGCCAUUCGGCCAAUGAUCGUCAUCCUGAUGGCCCGCGCCCUCAACAUCCACAGCAACGGGGCAGGAGACUUACUUCCCGGCCAGCGUGCCGUGGCCAUGAUCUCAGAAAUGAUCCACACGGCCAGCCUGGUGCACGAUGAUGUGAUCGAUGGCUCGGACAAGCGGCGAGGGAAGAGGACCAUCAACGACCUGUGGGGCGAAAGGAAGGCCAUUUUAGCAGGAGACUUCAUUCUGUCAGCUGCCUCAAUGGCCCUGGCUCGCAUCGGCAACAUCACCGUGGUUAAAGUGUUGGCGCAGGUCAUUGAGGACCUUGUCAGAGGCGAAUUCAUGCAGCUUGGCUCAAAAGAGAACGAGAGCGAGCGCUUCAAGCACUACUUGGAGAAAACCUUCAAGAAGACGGCCAGCCUCAUCGCCAACAGUUGCAAAGCAGUGUCCAUUUUGGUCAAUGCGGACCCUGACGUUCACGAGAUCGCUUACCAGUACGGAAGGAAUGUUGGCAUCGCCUUUCAGCUGGUUGAUGACGUGUUGGACUUCACGGCGGGCGCCAGUCAGUUGGGCAAACCGUCGGCCGCCGAUCUCAAGUUGGGCUUGGCCACGGGACCCGUUUUAUUCGCUUGUCAGCAAUUUCCGGAGUUGCACGCCAUGAUCAUGAGACGCUUCAGCUCCAAAGGGGACGUCGACCGAGCCUGGCAGUAUGUCGUGCAGAGUGACGGCGUGGAGCAGACCAACUUCCUGGCCCGGCGUUACUGCGAGGAAGCCAUCAGGCACAUCAGCAGGUUGCGGCCGUCGGCCGAGAGGGACGCCCUCAUCGCGCUCACUCACAUGGUGCUUGCUAGGGACAAGUAACGCACACCCCGGAGCCCCCCCCACCCCCCACCGGACAUGAGAAACCCCAUCAAUGACGUCUCUUUCUACCUCGACACAAAGAGCGAGUCACAUCAUGUUUGACAGCUACGCACUAUUUAGGCAGUUUAUUAGGUACCUUUAUAUACAGUGUUGUAUAUAACUCGCAUGAUUAUUGCGGAGAUACCUAACAAACUGGCAUCUGUACAAAGCCCCACACAUGUAAAUGUGGCCACAGUAUAUUUGGUGUGUAUAUUAUACCUAUUUUCUGUGUCCAUAAGAAAAAAAAAAUCAUGUUUGGGGCUCUGUAUGAGUGUGUUCUGGUGGUUUUUUUUAAAUGCUCUGCAUGGAAUCGAGUGAAGCACUGAGCAAAGUAUGUCACUAUGUACUGUACUGUGUAGUCAUUCCUUCUCCGGAUCCGUCCGUACUUGAAAUCUUACUGAAGGGUGACAAGUGUAACAAAUCAUGGCCUUAACAUCUACAACCACUGCUCAAUAAAAACAUUUAGUUUUUUUUU